GGAGGAUUUACGGAGAUCUUUCACUUUCUGCCGCUAGGUGGCGCCGGCUGAUUCGGAGGAAGGAGUAGGCGGGCUUCACUUCGAAAGGCUGGGAGGUGCCAAGUCAGUUAAGGCUGGAAAGAGUUAUUCCGCAGCUGCUGCUGCUGCAGACACUACGAUUCGCCCUCUUCUCGGUGUGCAAGUUCGGUGGCUCUUCCGUCCCGGGAUGCUGCUCGCUCCAGGCUCUUGAACGCUUGUCUCUUUGCCUCAUAUUUUUUGGGGAAAGUGCCUCCUGGUUGCCGUAGUCGCUGCUGCACCAUGUCGGGGACUCGAAGCUGCGAGAACAAGAAAGACGCGCAGCUGGAGAGUGGCGGCUCGUACUUGGAAGAAUGGCAGUGCGACUCGGGCAUCGGGUCUAUCCGCUCCCUGCAGGGGCAGCUUGGGGAAGGCGAGCCCCGAUCGCCGGGAGCCCGAGGGGUUCCCUCCUCGGACAAGGUUCCCGAUCCCCCGUGCAUAGGCAAGGAGGGGUCCGAUGGUUCCUUGGAGGUGGACGAAAGGCUCGAUUCGAGCUAUGGCUCAGCAUCCCUCGUCGAAUUAUUGUCGGGCAUGGAAGGGACCCCGAGAAAGGAGGAGGAGGAGGAAGAGAGACUCAGGCAGCAGCUAGUGGAGACUUUCACAUUCAUAUCCGAGGACGGAGACACACUCCUACACCUGGCGAUCAUCCACUGUGUGCCCUCUCUAGCACUUGGCUGCAUUGCUCAGCUGCCAAUUGAGGUUUUGGAACUCCAGAAUGAUUUAUUCCAGACUCCUCUCCACCUGUCUGUAUACCUGGAGCAGUCCAGUGUGGUGGAAGCCCUAGUGCUGAAAGGGGUGAGCACUGCACUGCAAGACCGCAAUGGAAACACCCCACUGCACCUGGCCUGUGAACAGCAGAGUCUGGAAUGUGCCCAGCUGUUGCUGUUGCAGGAACCAAUUUCUGCCAAGAACUUGGAGGCCAGAAGAAUCCCACAAGCCCUGCAGCUCCAGAAUUGGCAAGGCUUGACCUGCCUACACAUCAGCACCUUGAAAGGGAACCUGAAGCUGAUGACAUUGCUGGUAAAGAAGGGAGCUGACAUUAAUGUUCAGGAUGGCACAAGUGGUAAGACUCCCUUGCACUUGGCAGUGGAGAACCAUGAUGAGAUGGCUGUGAAGCACCUCCUGAAAAUGGGGGCCCAGGUGGACACCCAGAUGUACAAUGGUUGCACCCCACUGCAUUUGGCUGUAGGCCGGAAGGAUGCUGCCAUUGCUGCCAUCCUGUGCCAGUCAGGGGCAGACACCUUGCUACGGAACAUGGAGGAUGAGACCGCCCAGGACCUGGCUGAUGGCAAUGAUGAUAUCCUUACCCUUUUGCCUUUUGAUGACCUGAAGAUCUCGGGGAAGCCUGUGGUGCACUCCAGCUGAGCAUCCUAAGACUUGAAUUGAAUAGAUGGACCAUGCACGACACUACUGCUGCUGCAGGUUGACAGGACAAUAGCUCUCUGCCAUAAAUCAUUCCACUUGUGGAAUCUGAGGCUUUGAGCCACUUUCAGACACUUUUGAUAGUGCACAGGAUUGUGGGAGCCCGUGCAAGAGGAAAAACGCUCCUUGUUUCUCAAGUUUGAUUCCUGGAUGACGACACAAGAUUGCCCUUCUUUCGAAGGGACCCAUGUUCAGAUAGAUGGGCCUAUGUUUGCUCUGUUUGCAUUGUCUAAAAAAAGAGAAACGAUCAAGACCAGAAGUCCUAAGAUCCUCUGGGAAAUGCCUCUGGUUUCUUUCCCCCCCAGUCAGUACAGUGGAUAGAGGUGAUGUGUUCACCCUCCUUUUUCUCGCCUGUCCCCAAAGUGUAUGGUGGAAAUAUGAUAGGAAUGUUUCGGCCUACAGUCUGCCAGAGCUAUUUCUGUUUUGAAGAUGCUUGCCUCCCACUAGAACAAUGUCCCGACCUACCUGCAAUUGCUCAAGCUUCAUGAAAUUCCUUCUGUGGCCCCUGUAGGCUGCAUUAUUUCUCAGGCUUUUAGUUCUGUAGUGUCCAGGGUUACAGAAUUACCUUGUAUGUCAUUUUAGCCUUUCUGUUGCCUCCCAUGGAGGAUACCACUUGCAAGUUGGCAGGACAGAGAUCUGUCUUUGCUUCUACACAUCUGCUCCUGAGCCAGAGAGAACUCGAAGGCUGAGCUUAUGGAGAUGAUCUCAAUCUCAGUCUCCUUUUGCUUCACAAUAAACUGGUGUUCUUGGAACCAGUUUAUGAGGGGAGCCCAAGGGGAGCCUCAUCCUGUUUCAGCUCUGUGCAGGUUUUCUAGGCAGUACUACUCCACAGGAAUGUCUUUGCUAAACUUCUGUUCUAUAAAAGCCAUACUUCCCUCAGGCAGGCGUGCUGGUGAUUUCCAAUUCCACUUGUAAGUGCACCUACAGUUUAAGAGCAAAGAUGAGCAGGGAAAUCUCAGGGGUUGUUGGAUUUCACCUUGGAUGUUGCUCUUGUUCAUCUUGAGCAUGAGUUUGGUGAUAACUAGAAAUGUUGGCAAACUUUUCCAAAUCUGGGCUUGGAGACUAAAUUUGGAAGUUCAAAAUGCCCACCUUUAAAGAAGCGGUGGGCUCUUCAACCUGCCUUCUUGAUUUGGAGAAAUCUGGCAGAUGUCUUCCCAAUUCCUGUCGUCUUCACAGCCUCCCCACCAACCCCUGUCCCCAAAGCAACACUCCCCCUUCCCUUUAUUUACUUGUCUCUGGCAUAAGCAGUGGCAGUAGCAACAGAGAGCAGAGGACUUUCCUCUUCUGUUCCACUUCCCCUUGUAGCUCUGUUGCCCUGCAAAGCAGUGCAACAGAAGAAGCAAUGCUGCAGGAGCAACGAGGGCAUCUUCUUCCUCUCUUGCUCCCAUCAUCUUGGCCAGCUGCUCCUUAGCAUGCUAGGAAUAAAGGGAAGUAAAAGCUGUGCUUGGGACUUUUAAUCUUUGUAGAGGAGGUGUGCCCAGGCAAUUGCGGGGGGGGGGGAUAUAAGGAGGAAUCCCCCUAUUCUGUUACCACCAGAAGGGGGAGUAUUUGUCUUGGGAGUAGUGGUUGGUGGAUGGCGUAUUUUGAGGGUGGGAGAAGCUGUCUGAUUGGGCAUUUACCGAGACUCCCAUUGGCUCAGUAAAUGAUUUUAGGUGGCAAGUGGGUGGGAGGUAUGGGGAAGGCUGAAUAAUUUCUGAGCCAGUUUAAAGUGAACAGGAGAGAGCUCUUGCAUCUCUAGUAACAGUUGUGUAACAAGAAGCUUCUUGCUAGAUGACAUUUUUUCAGCACAUCAAUGUGAGAAGCAACACCACAGAACUAUUUCCCUACACCCAGAGUCUUGGCAUUUGCACAGUACUCUGUUCAAGACUGGAUCUGUUCAGCUCAGCCCGUGGGUGACUAGAUUCCCUUCCUUCUCUCUGCUCUCUAAGUUAUGAGACCAGUUAUUAAAAGCUACCUGUGUUGUGGAAAACUCCAUUCAAUAGAAUGUCAAGCAGACUUUGGAAGUUUCAGCCUGCGAAGUGAAGAAGUCCAGGAUUGUUGUGUGUCUUUGCCGAGGGUUCCUGUGUUCCACCCCAGAGCCAGCAGACUGACUCUGCACACUUGUUGCAGCUGGUGACUGAAGCAUUUGGGUCAGCAAAUGGCAGAAAAAGGAGUUGCUUACAUGUAAACUUUAACGCUCGACUGGGGAAAUUCCCUGCCAUCUCCCUCCCACUAUUGCUGUCUGGGAGUGGCUGUUUGUAAUAUGGCAAGUCCUGGAUGGCGCAAUCAGCUGGGUUGUUUCGAGGGAGAGGUUUUCUCCUCUUCCUUCCCUGUUUUUUACAGGACAGAUUUAGAAGCAGUAAUAGCUUUGUGUAAUAUUUUCCACCAAAGGUCUCCUUAAUUUUUGCGUUUUGUUUGGCUUGAGACCUUUUGCUUCCUCUUCUUCCCUUGUCCUCUUCCCCUCGUGUUUCUAAUUUUUUUUUGUUUUGUUUUAAUUACAAAAUAAAUUUCGUAAAUUGGA